AUGGCAGCGGCACAGGCCUUUCUGAGCAACGCCGGGCGCUUGCUGAGCAAGGAGUACCAGCACCUCCGCGGCGUCGGCGGCCAGGUAGCCGAGCUGCGGGACGAGCUGGACGCCAUGAACGCGCUCCUCGUCAUGCAGUCCGAGGCGGACGACGGCGCCGUGGACCGCUUCCUGCAGGUGUGCAUGAAGCAGCUGCGCGAGGUCGCCUACGACGCCGAGGACUGCAUCGACCUCUACACCCUGUGCAUCGAGUCCCGCCGCACCGACGGCGUGCGCGCCUGUCUGGGACGCCUGCUCGGGACGCUCCGGUCUCGCCGCCGCCUCGCAUGCGAGAUCGGCGCCUUCCGCGGCCGCGCCGUCGCCAUCAGCGAGCGCCAGGCGCGGUUCGGCGUCAACCGGGACGCACUGCGCCGGUUCGCUCCUCUGCUACCUGGGGUCCCCGUAUCGGCGGCGUCAUCGUCCACUCCUGCUAGCAACGCCGACGACCGCCGCCGGCUGGUCGGCAUCGAGGAUCAGGCUAACGCCCUGGCUGCACGGCUGAACGCGCCGGUUGGCGAAGAGGCCGCCGCGCGCAUGGCCGUCUUCUCCAUCGUGGGGUUCGGAGGCCUCGGCAAGACGACGCUGGCCGUGGAGGUGUGCCGGCGGCUGGAAGCGGAGUUCCCGUGGCAGGCGAUGGUGUCCGUGUCCCAGGCGUUCGAGCCGAGCAGAGACCUCAAGGCGUUGCUCAACGACCUUCUUCGGCAGGUCGUGAAGCCCAAAACGGCUGACGACAGGGGCAUCAAGGAAGAGGCUGCACUGGGUGCAAUUGACGGCCUGGAUGACAACGGGCUUGCCAAAAGACUCGAGGAGGUUCUCACCAACAAGAGGCACAUAGUACACAUAGAGCUUAUUCUUCUUCUGCUCAAUGGUAUGGUACCAAAAUAUUGGGCCUACAUGAUAGCCUCAUCCUUCUCACCUGCAGGCAUGUGGGCCCCACAUGUUAGUGUCACACUGUCGUGUAAUCAACGUGCCACACAUGCAGAUUAA